AUGACCAGGGACGCAACGGUGACGAGCCGUAUCAAAAUUGCAUGCAGGAAUGAAGAAGAGCUACACAUGGUCAAGAAGGCAGUAGAAGCGAAAGGAGCCGCAGGCAUCAGAGUGCUGAGAGACGAACUCUACCCGAUCAAGGUGGACAACAUCAAACCUGCUAGCUGUUCUGGACGAACAUGGGGGGAUCCGCGCCGGGAGUGCGCCGCCAGCGUCUUGAAAUGCGUGCCAUGCGGAGGUCGACACGAAUCCGACGUUCAGCCGGAACUGCUGCUGAAAGGCUCUCCCCGUCUCGACAUGAGGUAG